GGAAACAGCUGCUCGCGACCAAAACAUGUCGACGCGUUUCGCUGCUGAGGGUCACCAAACGCAGGAGUUUCAUUCGUCAAAGGCGAUUCCGCGGAAUAAUCGUCCUGAUCCUCAUACAUAGAAAAGGUGUGGGAUGUCGGAGCGGCAGGGGCGGCCGGAGCCUAGCCACAGCCUGUACGACAUCCUGCAGGUGGCGCCGUCGGCCACGGAGGACGAGAUUCGGCGCGCCUACCGGCGGCUGGCCCUGCGCUACCACCCCGACAAGAACCCGGGCGACCAGGCGGCGUCCGCGGAGCGCUUCAAGGCGGUGCAGCGCGCCUACCGCGUGCUGGGCGACCCGCGCCGCCGCCAGCUCUACGACCUGUACGGCUCGGCGUCGCUGGCCGAGGGCUUCCCCGACGGCCAGCUGUGGGUGCUGACGUCCGGCUGGGCGCGCUGCCUGCUCGUCGCCAUCUUCCUGGCCACGUGCUGCUGCUGCGGCUGCUUCUGCUGCUGCUAUUGCUGCUGCUACUUCUGCUGCGGCCUGAUGCGACCACCGCCCGUGCCGCAGUACAGCGACUUGGACGCCGUCGUGACGUCUCAGCCGGUAGCCGCGUCCUCGGGCCGAGAACUCACAGAGUACAGCAGCCUUCUCGGCGCUCGGAGGUUCACCUACAACGCGUAUCAACCGCAGGGCGCUACAUAGAGCGUGAACCUCUACCUGACUGGGGGACAAACUCUGGCCUGUUCAGUUCCGCACACAGUAUCCUCAUCACCAUUGCGUCUUAAACAGUAAUAUGCUCCCACCUAUAUCCCACGUGACCUUAUAUUCUUUUUAGCGAAUACUUAAAAUGACGAUGCUGUUAUUUUUUCAGUCCUAAAAAGGUUAUAUUAUAAUUCCAGAAACAGAAUAUCUGUUUUUCAUCUUUCCACGCAUACACAGCAGGAACUUGAACU